AUGAAUAAAAGAGACGGGAAAAAUAAAAGCGGGAACCAGAAAGAAAAAAAUGACAAAUCUGGAGGAUCAAAGAUUUCUAACAAAACCCCACAAAAUGAGAAAGCUGUAAAAGAAAACGAAAAAAAAGAAGAUAAUCUUAUAGAAGAAGCAAAAAUAAAAAAUGAGGUGAAUGAUAGUGAAAAAAAUGAUUGUACAAAAAAAGAAAACAAGGAAAAUAAAACUCAAGAUAACAAAAAUAAUAAUGAUGCCAAAAAGAAAAACAACAAAAAAGGAAACAACAAUAAUGGGGGUAAUAAAAGUGGAAAUGUAAAUAAUCAAGGCAAUGAAAAGGGAGGAAAAAAAAGUAAGGGUAAAAAAAAAGGGGAUAAAUUGGAUUCGAUACUUGACGAAUUUAAGAAAGAAAUUGGAGAAAUCAAAAUAAAAAAAUGUGAAGAAAAAGAAGAGAAAAAGGCUGAAGAAAUUAAGUACAAAAUUGAUUUUGAUCUCGAUGAAAUAAAAAAAAUAAAAAAAAGUAUAGUAAUAAAAGAACAUUUAGUAGAAGAACAAGAUAAUAAGCAUAUACGAUUAUUAAAAAAUUGGCCCCAAGUUGAAAACAGUAUACAAACAAGUCCAGCAACUAUACCUAUUGAAAUGGUUUACAAAAAUAAUAAUUACCCAAUUGGUGAAAUAUUAAAUUAUAAUAAUUAUGUAUUAAGUGGUCAAUCAUUACAAGAAAAAAAAGAAUUAGAAAAAUUGAGUAUUGAUUAUUAUCAAGAUUUAAGAAAAGCUGCUGAAUGUCAUAGGCAAGUUAGAAAAUAUAUUCAAACAUAUAUUAAACCUGGAAGAAAAAUGAUAGAUAUAGUACAAAAAACAGAACAAAAAACAAAAGAAUUAAUUUUAUCACAUAAAUUAAAAUGCGGAUGGGGAUUUCCAACAGGUGUCUCAUUAAAUAAUUGUGCAGCACAUUAUACCCCCAAUUAUGGUGAUGAAACAGUUCUAAAAGAGGAUGAUGUAUGUAAGUUAGAUUUUGGAGUUCAUGUGAAUGGAUAUAUAAUUGAUUGUGCCUUUACAAUAGCAUUUAAUGAUAAAUACGAUAAUCUUAUUAAAGCUACACAAGAUGGUACAAAUACUGGUAUUAAAGAAGCAGGUAUAGAUGCAAGAAUGUGCGAUAUUGGUGAAGCUAUACAAGAAGCUAUAGAAUCAUAUGAAAUUGAAUUAAAUCAAAAAGUAUAUCCAAUAAAACCUAUAUCAAAUUUAAGAGGACAUUCAAUAUGUAAAUAUGUUAUACAUGGGGGUAAAUGCGUGCCUAUCGUUAAACAGCAAGAAAAACAUGAAAUUAUGGAAGAAGGUGAUUUAUUUGCUAUUGAAACAUUUGCAUCAACAGGAAAAGGUUAUGUAGUACAUGAAAAUGAUUGUUCGCAUUAUAUGAGAAAUCGGGAUGUGCAAUAUGCACCUAUAAGAUUAAAUUCAGCAAAAACAUUAUUAAAAGUUAUAAAUGAUAAAUUUGAUACUUUACCAUUUUGUAAUAGAUGGUUAGAUGAUUUAGGCCAAACAAGACAUUUUAUGUCAUUAAAAACAUUGAUAGAUUUAAAUAUUGUAGAGCCAUAUCCCCCUCUUUGUGAUAUCAAAAAUUCUUUCACCUCACAAAUGGAACAUACUAUUUUGUUGAGACCUACUUGUAAGGAAGUUUUAUCUCGUGGCCCAGAUUUUUAA